AGACAGAUAGAUAGAGAUAGAGAUAGACACGACCACCCUUGAACAUGCGGCGAAACGUGAAAAUAGUGCUCCUUCUGUCAUGCGCCUGGAUGUUCGUCUUUGUUUACUAUUAUCACACAUCCAGAGAUACCAAGGUGAGAUAAUGUGAGUGCGCAUAAUUCGAAGGGUCUAAUAUACCUGUUGGGACACGUGUCUCGAGCUAGGCUAUGGCUCUGGCAGUAAAGGAUCUCGGUAAACUGCAAUAUUGAGUAAGUCGGAAAGGAAGAUGAGUAUCUACGUUACGUAAAAGCUUGCAUCUAAAAUGAAGAAAUUAUUUGCUUUCGAGCUAGCAUUUAUAUCGAAAGUUUCUCUUCAUCUCGAAAAAUCAGAUGAAACGCGAGUUCCCGAUGCCAAAGAAAGAGAGAGAGAGAGAGAGAGAGAGAGAGAGAGAGAGAAAGAGAGAUGAAGAGAAAGAAAGAAAAAGGAAGAGAGAGAAAAUGAGGCAAAUUCAGGAAAGAACGAAUUCGAAGCUUCGAGCACGAUCAUUGCAGCCGAAAAUGUCGAUUUUCCGGCGUGUAGCCGCACAAAGCCGUGGCUCGUUGCGAGCCAACAAGGACGACGAGCCGACUAGGAGAAGGAAGAGGAUAGAAAGGGUGGUCGCCGCUGUGUAUCGGCGUGAGCGAAUUGGAGAUGCGCCAGUUUUUCCAUUCCGCGUGGCUUUUUCGUCCGGGCUUCCGGCUUUUGUUCCGUGAAGGCAAUUACGCUCUCCAUCUUUCUCCGCCUUUCGUCCAUUCUCUAUUUUUCACCUCUAUCUCUUCCUCUAACAACACAGAAAGAUGUGAGACGGAUAGAAAGAGAAAAAGAAAGAAAAAGAUAGAAAGAUCGAAAGAGAGAGAGAGAGAGAGAGAGAGAGAGAGAGAGAGAGAAUAUUUUUAAAGAUCAGAAUAUUAAUGGUCUAUCGCAAAAUAGACGGUUUUAUAACUUGAAGUUUAGCAAUAGGUUGUCUUACGAUCCUUUCGAAAAAUUCUAUUUAAAAUGAUCGUAUUCAUUGGAGAAUUCGCUUUCACAUCGAUUAUGUCUUACAAAAGCGAAUCGGAAAGCAUGUCUGCAGAAAGGCUGAUCAUACUUUUAAUCCUUAACACAUAUGAAAAGGAUCGACCAUACUUUUAAUCGUUUACAACGAGAACAGAGCAUUGCGAUUGAAGGAACCCGCAUCCUUGGCCCUAUCCGCUGGAAAUGCCGGUGGUUACAUGGACCCAGAUGGUACUGCCAUUGCGAUGUCGUCCGAACUACAGCCUGCUCCUACACCCGAUCCAAGAGUCACUUGGAAUUACUUCGACGAGCAAGGGUACGUUUCGCGAGGUGGUCUGCGAGCUGGUGAGGACCCAUACGCAAGAAAUAAAUUCAAUCAAGAAGCCUCCGAUGGUCUUCCAAGCAAUAGGGAUAUUCCUGAUACUCGUAGUGCUAUGUGUCGGAUGAAACAAUGGAGAAGAGAUCUUCCACCAACUUCCGUCAUAAUCACUUUUCAUAACGAGGCCAGAUCGACGUUAUUAAGAACUGUAGUCAGCGUACUCAAUAGAAGCCCUGAGCAUCUGAUCAAGGAGAUCAUAUUGGUCGAUGAUUUUAGCGAUCAUCCUGAAGACGGCGAAGAACUGUCAAGGAUUCACAAAAUACGAGUGAUCAGAAACGAAAAAAGAGAAGGAUUAAUGAGAUCGAGAGUUCGAGGCGCAGAUGCGGCCACUGCUAGCGUUUUAACGUUUCUAGACUCUCACUGCGAGUGCAAUGCUGAUUGGUUGCAACCCCUUUUAGAAAGAGUAGCAGAGGACCCAACGAGAGUUGUUUGUCCUGUAAUCGACGUUAUCAGCAUGGAUACGUUCCAAUAUAUCGGUGCAUCGGCAGAUUUGAGAGGAGGCUUCGAUUGGAGUUUGGUCUUCAAAUGGGAAUAUUUGAGCCAAGCUGAAAGACAAGCGCGACAAAAGGAUCCAACGCAAGCAAUCAGAACGCCUAUGAUAGCUGGUGGAUUAUUUGUCAUCAAUAAAGCUUAUUUCGAGAAACUUGGAAAAUAUGACACCCAAAUGGAUGUCUGGGGUGGUGAAAAUCUUGAAAUAUCCUUCCGAGUAUGGCAAUGCGGUGGCAGUCUAGAAAUUAUUCCGUGUUCUCGAGUGGGCCAUGUCUUUAGAAAACGUCAUCCUUAUUCAUUUCCUGGUGGUAGUGGGAAUGUUUUCGCACGGAACACGAGACGUGCCGCUGAAGUAUGGAUGGAUGAAUAUAAACAAUUUUAUUAUAAUGCUGUACCUCUUGCACGGAACAUUCCUUAUGGAAAUAUUCAAGACAGAAUGGAACUGAAACGAGAGCUGGGCUGCAAGCCCUUUAUUUGGUAUUUGAAACACGUCUACCCCGAAUUGGUGAUCCCUACGAGCGAGGGUGGUCCAGGAGGAUCUCUGAAGCAAGGCACGGCUUGUCUGGAUAGCAUGGGCCAUUUGCUAGAUGGAAACGUUGGUUUAUAUCCCUGCCACGAUACCGGUGGCAAUCAAGAAUGGGGUCUCACUAAGGAUGGUCUGAUAAAGCAUCAUGAUCUUUGUCUGACGUUACCACUUUACGCGAAAGGUACGACGCUCCUCAUGCAGGUUUGCGACGGCAGCGAAAAUCAGAAGUGGCGACACUUGGAAGGUGGUCUCAUAAGGCACUCCAGGAUUCCCGUCUGCGUGGAUUCCAGAUAUCACGCUCAACGUGGAAUCACCGCGGAGAAAUGUGACUCUAACGCGGAAACGCAGAGGUGGCAUCUCUACAAUCACACUCACUAACUUCCAUCGUCCUCUCGAUGAGAACAAUCACCUUACUCGACCGCGUAAUAAUACGUCUCUCGUCUCACGAGCUCGCCGAAUCUUCCAAAGGAUCGAUUGUUUCGUUCGUUCGAUCAUUAAAACGAACGUGCGAAACGAAUUCGUCCCAGAGAGAAGGGAGAUUUCUUCUCCAUCUUUUUCUUCUUCUUCUUCUUCUACUAUUUCUUCAUCAUCAUCUUCUUUGGGCCUAGAAAAAAUCGUCGUUCUUGAAACGAAUCACGGACCACAUUCUCGGUUUUUUUUUCUUGAACCAAUCGGUACGAUGACUCCGGAUUUUUUAUAUUAUAAAAUGUGCUACAUGAUAUAAAAAAAAACCAAAAAAAAACAAAAAACAAAAAAAGAAAAUACAAUAAAAAAAGUGUAAGGACUUCGCAUGUUCCCAUCGAAAUUUCCUUACGAUUUGAUUUGCGCGAAUAUUUAAUUAUCUAAUGAUCUCAAAAUACAAUCGCUCGAGCGAUUAUUUUUAUGCAUUUAUUUUCAAAAUAUAUAUUUUCCUUUACCUUCCCUUUUUUAAGUCGGACGUUACUUCAGUAUUGUGGUAUUUUAAUAUAGAAAAUACUUGACGAGAGAUUUUGCUUGUGAAUACCAAUUUGAGAUUAUAAUUUUACUAGUAUAUACGUUAUAUAGAACAAAGAAUCGAUAGAGCAAUGUGUGUACGUUUUGACAUGAGAUAAUCCUAGGUUCGAUUAUUAAUAUUUUAAUGUUUUUUUUUUUUUUCUUACUCUUUACUAGUCAUUCGCGAUGAUAUGUCUGCUUUCCACAAGUCUUAUUUUUUAUUGUAAUCUAGGAGAAGAUGCAUGCGUGGAGGAACGAGAAUAUUAUUUCUUACGGCUUGACGAUUAUCGAUGGUCGACGAUAGGUCGUAGAUCGAUUCGAGAAGCUUUUUAGUCACGUCUUUACGAGUCUGAAAAAUUCAUCUACGCUGCGUCCAUUCUCUUCUUUUUUUUCUUUCUUUUCUUUUAUAUAUAUAUAUAUAUAUAUAUAUAUAUAUAUGUACAUACACACACAUACAUAUAUAUAUAUUUACGUGUGUGUAUGUGUGUGUGUGUAUGUAUAUAUAUACAUAGCAGAUUUUAAUCAAUUUUUAGAGCAUUCGAUUGCAUCGAUAUUUUUUGUCUCCAAUCCGUUAGAUUGGAAUCGUGAAACAAAGCGAAUGUUUCAACUCCACGCUCUAUGAUUCUCGAUAAAGAGAUUUAUUUUUGUAAGAAAUUAUAUAUGUAUUUACUUGGUUGUGCAAACGGAUGGGAAUCGCGAUACGAUUAGCGUGUAAUAUUUUAACACAUUGCGGACCGAUCAAUCGAUAAACUAUAUAAUUUCGUUUAGAUUUCUUUGUUGAAACGUAUAGGAACAAUUAAUAUAAUUAAUUAUUACAAGGAUCUCCGCAACGCGUUAAAUGCAAAUGCGAAAGUACAUAUACACGGUGACUUAUAUAGCAAUAUGACGCAGGUCUUACAAUUUAGGCAAAUCGGCAUGUGAGAUGGCUUUUUUAUGGCCUCGACUUUCCGCCGAUAAACGAUUAUAACUGCCGCCGUUUUUGCGCCGGAUUCGCAUCUAUCGGAGGUUUGAAAUUUAAUAUUGUACGAUAUUGCGCGCUUUGCAUUGAGCUUUUGUAUAAUAUUGCGCCCAUCCGAGUGUCAUCUUCAAUGUUGACAACCGUAGUCGAAAAUGUUUGUUGGGAGAUUGUUUUUUUACAUAUUGGUACUUUAAAUAGGCGAUAACAUGUUUAGUGUAGAUAUUAUAAAUGAUCGAUAUGUUCUUGAGAGAUGGCAGAAAGAAAGAAAACAAUUGUUCGUUAAUAACAAGUAUAUUGUACAUUUAAAUUAGAGAAUGAAAAAACGAUAUAAACACGUGAAUACAUUACACAUGCCUGCGUACUCGUAACAUUAUCAUCCAAAUUUUAUGCGUUAUCUUUAAAUUUAAUUUUUAAGUUUUAUUCGAUGAAAUUUAUGAAAAUUAAAUUUCAUUUUACAAACUUUUACUCAAUAAAGAUUUGUUUUUCAAAUGUUUAACUCUAAAGAAAAAUAUCAUUGAAAUAAAUUAAUGAAUAAUUUAUAUGAAUUAUAAUGUUGCGUGUAUGUUGGUUAUGUACAUAGAUGUAGACGAAUUCUGUGCGUCUGUUUCAUAUUUAAGAUACUUUCGUAAAGUGAAAAUGUGGUAGACGCGCGUACAGGUGCAAGAAUUGUAGACUUCGUGAUAAAAAUUGGGCCCUGGGAUGUUCUGAACUGGGAUUUGAACCUGAGUUUUUCGCUUUCCGGCCAAUUUCAACCUCACGAAUGCCUACUUUAUUAGAAAUGGAGAUGGUCACUCCCACAGAAUUAUAUGAAAAAAGACCUUGUAAAUAAUUUCAUAUAUUCUAUUAAUUAAUUAUCUUUCUCCCGUCCUAACUUCUCGAAAUAAUACUUCUUUGCUAUAAUAAAAAAAUACGAAUACUUUUUCUCUUUGCUUCCGUGCAUGACGAACGAGUUGAAACUACAAAGUUUCUCUACCAUAAUUACGCUGAUACCUGUAAAUAAACCUUAUCACGUGAAAAUAUAAAUAUAAAUUAAUGAAAGAACGAAACAUUGUACUUUCCAAGUAUAUAAACUGUAUUAUAACAUUGAAAAUUCGAGAUUAAGUUAAGAUAAUAAGUAAUCAGUCAAUGUUAACAUUCGUAUCCUAUAAAAUACCUUUGUAAUUGACGAAGAAACGUUGUUACAAGUAAAAUACGAAGGCUGUAUUG